AUGCGGGUGUCGCUCGCGCGUUUCUCGCCGGCCCGCCUGCCGUCGGGCGUGGCGAGGGCGCUGCUGGGGGCGGCGUGGGUGGCGGGAUGGGCGGGGCUGUGCGCGUGGGUAGUGUGGUUCGCGCACUCGCAGGCCGCCAAUCCGCGGCAGGAGGCGAUGCGAGCGUGGUGUCGCACGCGCGUGCGAUACCUCCAGCAGGACAUGCGAUCGUCCAUCGCUCGCUCGCAGCGGGGAGUAGCACUGAUGCGCGCAGGUAACGCCCAUCGGAGUGUGCGCGCAGGUAAGCCCUUUCCCGUAGGUGAGGUCGUCACGAUCUUUGCGGCUGUCCCAUCUCUUCCCACCCAUCUCUCACCCAUCUCUUCCCACCCAUCUCUCACCCAUCUCUUCCCACCCAUCUCUCACCCAUCUCUUCCCACCCAUCUCUCACCCAUCUCUUCCCACCCAUCUCUCACCCAUCUCUUCCCACCCAUCUCUCACCCAUCUCUUCCCACCCAUCUCUCACCCAUCUCUUCCCCACCCAUCUCUCACCCAUCUCUUCCCCACCCAUCUCUCACCCAUCUCUUCCCACCCAUCUCUCACCCAUCUCUUCCCCACCCAUCUCUCACCCAUCUCUUCCCACCCAUCUCUCACCCAUCUCUUCCCACCCAUCUCUCACCCAUCUCUUCCCACCCAUCUCUCACCCAUCUCUUCCCACCCAUCUCUCACCCAUCUCUUCCCACCUAUCUCUCACCCAUCUCUUCCCACCCAUCUCUCACCCAUCUCUUCCCACCCAUCUCUCACCCAUCUCUUCCCACCCAUCUCUCACCCAUCUCUUCCCACCCAUCUCUCACCCAUCUCUUCCCACCCAUAUCUCACCCAUCUCUUCCCACCCAUCUCCAUCUCUUCCCACCCAUCUCUUCCCGCCCAUCUCCAUCUCUUCCCACCCAUCUCUCACCCAUCUCUUCCCACCCAUCUCUUCCCACCCAUCUCCAUCUCUUCCCACCCAUCUCUUCCCGCCCAUCUCCAUCUCUUCCCACCCAUCUCUCACCCAUCUCUUCCCACCCAUCCCCUCCCACCCAUCUCCCACCCAUCUCUUCUCACCCAUCUCUUCCCACCCAUCUCCAUCUCUUCCCACCCAUCUCUUCCCACCCAUCUCCAUCUCUUCCCACCCAUCUCCAUCUCUUCCCACCCAUCUCUUCCCACCCAUCUCUUCCCACUUUCCAUCUCCCCUCUUUCCAUCACCCCUCUUUCCAUCACCCCUCUUUCCAUCACCCCUCUUUCCAUCACCCCUCUUUCCAUCUCCCCUCUUUCCAUCACCCACUUAACCCCAUUGGGCUCACGCCACAGGAGUCAGUCGGUUGGGUGACGGUCUUCGGGCACUUUGGCCCGCGCAGCAGCAGCAACCUGAGCUACUUUCCGCCUCCCUCUUUCCGCCUCCCUCUUUCCGCCUCCCUCUUUCCGCCUCCCUCUUUCCGCCUCCCUCUUUCCGCUUCCCUCUUUCCGCCUCCCUCUUUCCGCUUCCCUCUUUCCGCCUCCCUCUUUCCGCCUCCCUCUUUCCGCCUCCCUCUUUCCGCCUCCCUCUUUCUGCCUCCCUCUUUCCGCCUCCCUCUUUUCAUCUCCCCCGUUCCAUCUCCUGCCCCCCUCUGCUCCUCCCAUCUCACUCCACAGGAGUCAGUCGGUCGGGUGACGGUUUUUGGGCACUUUGGGCCGCGCAGCAGCAGCAACCUGAGCUACUGGGGGCUGGCGGGGUGCGUCAACAACAACUCAAUCAUGUCAUACUCGUUAAAAGCUGACAGAAUCGCCAACUACAGCACCGGCACUGUCAUCAUGCUCCUCUCCGACCAGGACAGGCCAUUGGUGGAGAGCAUUACUGGGUUUCCCAUCCAGUCAGUGCUGGGCCUGCCCGCCCCAAGGAAGGAUCUGUACGGAGUGAACGUGUGCGGCAGCAUCAAUCCCGACCUGCCCCUGCAGCCCUUCACGGACUUCACACCUCUCGUCCCUCCCCUCGCUACAGGCCAUUGGUGGAGAGCAUCACAGGCUUUCAGAUCCGUCCUCGUUGUGCCCAUCUUCCGCCACCCCCUGCCAGCCAACGCGUCCUCACAGCAAAUCCGGGACGACUUGAGCAUUGCAUGGGGUGUCUUUGUUGUGCCCAUCUUCCGCCAUCCUCUGCCAGCCAACGCGUCCUCACAGCAAAUUCGGGACGCCUUGAGCAUUGCAUGGGGCGGUGUGUUUCAUCUGGAGUGGAGGACCCGCGAAAUAAUGCAAAUGCUUGAGAACGGCAGCAGCAGCACGUACUCAUUUGCCAUGUAUGACAAUACAGAAACGGGGGAGCUCAAGCAGUUUUAUGGCCCAGACAAGCCGCACUUGGAGAGCCGUUCUGUUUUCCCUUUUGUGCUGCCUGUGCCGGUUGCGCCACCGGAUCAUGUGGAGCCUUUUCCAGAGGACAUGCUGGGGAGCACAUACGAGGCACACUGUGGGUAUGUAGUCCCAUACCCAUAG